AUGUCACGCCUUUUUUUUCAAGUCAUACUGGUUUGCCUCCUUUUGCAAACGCGUGUCUAUAAUAUUUCCAAACAAACGUAUUCUCCAAGAAAAUACCAAGGAUUUCAUUUUCAGUUAAAGAAGUGUAAAACCAAAAAAUGCACCGAAUACAUGAAACCGAUAAGCUGUGUUGCUGCCGGCCAGAUUGAGCAACAUGAGAUUGCUACAAAAGUAUCACCACUUGCAGCUGGUCCAAGUGGGGCAGAGGCUCCUGGAAUGACUGUCGAGUCCCUAACGCAGGUUCACUGGAAAAAUAGGCCAUGUCGCAGAGUCAAUAGUUGUAGGAAACUUAAACCAAAUGAUAUCUUUUGA